AAAAUGAACCCAUUUCCCAUCAGCCACUCGUUUCUUCCAAUUUCCAACCCUUAUGGAACUAUUGCAGACUAACAUAUAAGUAUUCCCCUCCCACCUUCACUCUCAGAGACUCAGACUUCAAAAGUCUUCUUCUUGAAGGUGCAAUUCAUUCAUGGACAGAAUGCAUGGGCAUGGCUUUGGCAGUGAGAGAGCUCCUCUCCUGAACAAACAAGCAGGGGGAAAGAGACAUGAUUCACUGGAGAAUGGUCAGCUCACUGACCUUGAGCAUGGAGAUGGAGCGCCGGCACCAAAUGUGGGAUUUGGCCGAGUGCUUUCACUGGCUAAACCUGAAGCAGGGAAGUUGGUUCUUGCAACACUAGCACUCUUGAUUGCAUCAACGUCUAGCAUUUUGGUUCCAAAAUUCGGGGGAACGAUUAUUGAUAUCGUUUCAAGGGAUAUCCAAACAGAUGAACAGAAAUCCGAAGCUUUAGGAGCUGUAAAAAACACCAUUCUUGAAAUAUUUUUGGUUGUCGUAAUUGGUUCUAUCUGCACAGCACUUCGUGCAUGGUUGUUCUCUUCUGCAAGUGAAAGGGUUGUGGCUCACUUGAGAAAGAACUUGUUCAGCCACCUUGUUCACCAAGAGAUAGCCUUCUUUGACGUAACUCGAACUGGGGAACUCCUUAGUAGGCUCUCUGAAGACACCCAAAUCAUUAAGAGUGCAGCGACAACCAAUCUUUCAGAGGCUCUCAGGAACUUUUCUACUGCAUUUAUUGGUCUAGGAUUCAUGUUUACAACAUCAUGGAAAUUAACACUGUUGGCUUUAGUAGUUGUUCCACCCAUAUCAAUUGCUGUACGCAAAUUUGGGCGCUAUAUGCGUGAACUCUCCCAUAAGACUCAAGCAGCUGCAGCAGUAGCCUCAUCAAUUGCUGAGGAAACUUUUGGCGCAAUACGCACUGUUAGAUCUUUUGCACAAGAAGAUUAUGAGGUAUCACGGUACUCAGAGAAAGUGGAAGAGACUUUGAACCUUGGACUUACUCAGGCUAAAUUAGUUGGUCUUUUCUUUGGAAGCCUAAAUGCAGCAUCAACGUUAUCAGUUAUUAUUGUUGUACUUUAUGGAGCUACUUUGACCAUUAAUGGCUCAAUGACAGCGGGAGCUCUGACAUCUUUCAUUCUUUAUAGCUUAACCGUUGGAUCUUCGGUAUCUGGACUAUCUGGAUUAUACACUGUAGCAAUGAAAGCUGCAGGAGCAAGUAGGCGAGUUUUUCAGCUCUUGGAUCGUGUCUCAUCUAUGCCUAAAUCAGGAAAUAAAUGUCCUUUGGGAGAUCAAGAUGCAGAGGUAGAAUUAGAUGAUGUCUGGUUUGCGUAUCCAUCCCGUCCCAACCAUAUGGUCCUCAAGGGUAUAACGUUGAAAUUACAACCUGGGUCAAAGGUUGCAUUGGUUGGUCCAAGUGGUGGUGGCAAGACUACAAUAGCAAACUUGAUUGAACGGUUUUAUGACCCUGCCCAAGGAAAGAUCAUGCUGAACGGGGUUCCUUUGGUAGAAAUCUCUCAUCGACAUUUACAUCAAAAGGUCAGCAUUGUGAGCCAGGAACCAGUUCUUUUCAAUUGUUCAAUUGAAGAGAACAUUGCCUAUGGCUUGGAUGGGAAAGCAAGCACGAGCGAUAUAGAAAAUGCAGCUAAAAUGGCAAAUGCACACGAGUUCGUAUCAAAUUUUCCCGACAAAUACCAAACGCAUGUGGGAGAGCGUGGAUUACGGCUUUCAGGUGGUCAGAAACAGAGAAUAGCAAUUGCGAGAGCUCUACUGAUGAAUCCAAGGGUUCUACUUCUGGAUGAGGCCACAAGCGCCCUUGAUGCCGAAAGCGAAUAUCUUGUUCAGGAUGCCAUGGAUUCUCUAAUGAAAGGGAGGACAGUACUUGUGAUAGCUCAUAGGCUUUCAACUGUGAAAAGUGCAAAUACAGUAGCAGUGGUCUCUGAUGGGCAGAUAGUUGAGAGUGGGAGUCAUGAUGAGCUUCUCAGCAAGGAUGGCAUUUAUACAGCACUAGUGAGGAGGCAGUUGCAGGCUCCCAAAGACGGAUAAAAAUGGCACUACCUUCUAGCUGUUGUUUUUUUGAAGAAACAACUCUUGAACUCCUUUUUUUUUUUUAGUGCAAAGGAAACAAAGUUUUCUUAAAUGUAGUUGUACACUUGUACCUUUUACUUUAUCAUAAAAUAGUGGGACAACCCAGUCAAGUUGGUCAAAUUAUUAACUUGGUAAUCACAAAGUUAUAAGUUUGAUGGC